CAUGCCUUGGUUCUCUUCUUCUUUACCCUACGUUGUGCAACUGUUCGUGCUCUAUGUUUCAAUAGCAGGCUAUAACAUGGUUUUAUAUGCUUGAGCUGUUGUCAAGCCUAGUAUAUAUCCUUCGGUAAUCACAGUACCUGCAAAAUCCUUGGUCUAUUGACCACCCAUAUAUACAGUCGGCGCACAACCUUUACUGUGGAAAGAUGAUGAAGUUGCUGCCAUUCUGGCCAGCUUGAAGGAGUACCAGAGCAAAACUGCCUCGACUGUCGAACUGAGCUCGUUAGCUGAACUGCUGGGUAUAGCUCUGGCUGCUGGUAGAUCCCCGGGGUCCUAUCGUCUGUGAUGCCGACUAACCGGCCUCUACCUCGGCCGCGACGCCAUUCUUUGUCAAGUGGUGAUGAAUCUUUUCACCCACACCCGGCCAAAGCAGGCGAUCUUCCAAGACCGGACAGUAGGAGGCGGGCCCGUCUUCCCAGGUCCAAAUCCACGUCAAAUGUAUCUGACGCUCUUAGCCGCGCUCGAUGCACUGCCGAUAAUGAUACGAGCAAUGUGGCUCUUGAACAGGUAGAUAUAAGUGCGCUUCGUGAACUCGCCAGUGUUCUGAGAACAACGGGCCCACCACCUGACCGCCGCCCAACCCACGACGAUUGCCUCAGGCUUUCUGGUACUGGAGACCCGAGAAGGUGGUCCUUACAGUCACUCAGGCGGAAUAAGCGCAUAAAACCACAGAGGAAUUCUCUGCAGUCGCAUCUUCCCGAGAAUAUCGUUCCGGGCACUACAACUGAAGGAUACCGAUACAAUGCCAUUUCAACGCCGAUUCCAAAGAAGAAUAAUCUUGAUGGCCCAUGGUUUCGAUCACAAUACCCUGUCUUCUUACCAUCGCCACAAUCGCCCCCACGUCAUCACCUUUCCAGCCCUGGGAUAUGGCCAGAAAGGAGUUCUUCGAAAUCUGUGCACUUCUCGAAUACAGAGAAGCGAACCGGGGAUCCUGAAAGUUCAUCUCACCGAAGAUCACGACCUAUUGACAAAGAUAAUUCGCGGUCAAUGAGAGUCAGCACAGAUCUUCUGUUGAGAGCCAUGCUAAAUCCCGUAGAUGAAGGAAUUGAGCACGAUAUCGGUACCUCCUUGACGACGUUAUGUUCCCAAAGAGGCCUAGAAGAUGGGGAGAUGCAGGCCUUACCACGGGUAACAAUGGAUGAAGAUAAGAUUCAUGAAUUGAACGGCCCCGAGCGAGCUACUUCGAGUGAUAUAGUCAUAGGGACGGAGUCGUUGCUGGUUAAGACACCCAGAGAAUCUCCACACGCGUCUUCCGAAGGCAAAGGGCCGCCUUACCCACCACCCAGAUCCUCCCGACGACUCGCGAACAUAAAUGUCCAACCGGGUUUAGCAGUGCCGAAUGAAGAAAUGGCUCCCGAAUCGCCUGGUUUUCCAAACAUGCUGGCGACAUUGACCUUUCCUUGUCCUCCUAAAGGGUCACGGCCAUCGUCCCCUGCUAGUCCCAAUAGUACUGCUCCAUCUAUAGCAGAAAGCUUAAAGGUCCGCCCUAUAGUCCAACCGCGAACAUCUAGUAGGCACGCUACGUCGAUAUCAGCCCCUGCUGCCUCACUGAAUGAAAUUGUCAUGCAGAAACGGCCCGGUUCUCGACAAGUCGUGACUGACAGGCCGACAGACACUGAACCUGCCGAGCAUCCGACCUCAGUGGAUGUCGUUCAUGGUCAAGGGCCGAAUAAUGAAAUCAGCUCACUUCGACAACCUCAUGAGAAAAUAGUUGCGUCACCUUGCGGUGGGGUAGGAAAAUGCCAGCGAGAAUCGCUAGCCAGUCAGCUCACCGCUACUACCAAAUCUUCUCGACAGUCUACCUUGACUUAUAGCUCCUCUCGCUCGUCCACUGCAAGCGAGGUGAGCACUCAGAGCAAGACAACAAUUGUUGCUCAAAAGACGGAGACCGAAUCGACACAAACCUCCCAACUUAUUGAACCACCCACAUCUGAGAGAUGUACGAAUGCGAAAGAUAGGGAAUCCAAAACCACCUUUGCUAGCGAAGACGAUGUCGGACCAACUGAGAUAGACAACCCGGAUCUCUAUGAAAGGCAGUCGGACUUUGAAAGAUCCGACUCAGGCCUUUCAUCCACAUCGAACUCGAACAUCGAAGCUAAUUCGCAACCUAAAAGCAUUAUUGAAAGGCGUUUGGCAAGGAAGGCCAAAGUGCGCGAGUAUAAAAUGCGCGACCUGUCUCGGGCUGACACGAUUGAUUCCCCAGUUUUGGGGUAUUUCCCAGCUGCUUUACCGGGGCCUUCAACUUCCUUUCAUAGCUCACGGAGGCCAUCAACAUUAAGCGUGGCAACUACUAUAAGUGAGGCGUCGAACGAGACUCCUCAGAAUAUCGAUAUCACGUCGCAUACGGAUCUUACUCGUGAGCUUCCGUUGCAAGAACGAAGCUCUACGGAGACUACUACCAGGGCAUCGCGCACAAUGAGCGCUCAGUUGACAAUGUCUGCGGUGAAUGCUACUGAAAUAGAACCGAUAUAUCCCCCGACGCCACACUGGCAUACAAGUGGCAUUACCAUGUCCCCCAUAAUGAUUGUCGCUGAUGUAGAGUCGCGACCGGGUUCACCCACACUGCGAUUCUCGACGUUGGCACGACCAGAGCAGUCCAGUCCCAGAGUGAGGUUGAAACCGCUCAAAAUAAGCCCGCACUCGCGGCAAAAAUCUCUUUCUGUGACGAUAAGUCGAAACCCAACGACUGGUGCGAUUGAGCGCAGUUCCUCCGUCCCUAUUGAUACUCGGUUCAAUCGGCGUAGUCUUAUGAUCAUGCCGACGCCUCCUAUGUCGCCUGAAGUUUCACAAGCAUCAAAACGUUUAUCGUUGCCGCCGGUGCCAUUCAAUCUCCCCGUCACACCGCGGGAAAGAACGCCGCCUUCUAGAUGCCAAGAGUGGCAAUCUUCGCAGACGACAGAACAGGGAAUAGAAGGUAGCUUGCGAAGUACCACACUGAAAGAAAGAGUCAUGAGAGAGAAACUCCAGAAGGAGAAGGAGAUCACGGACAUUGUUGCCAAGACAGUGGGACCGCCUCAAAAGCAGGCGGUAGACAGCGACGAGCUGGGCCCGUUGUCGCUCGAGCAGAACAAUACAGAAAGCCUUGAGAAGCGUCUCAAGCGCCUCGAAAGGAAUAAUGACGCAUGGCUGUCUGCUAUGAAGCCCCUGCUGGAAGCGAUGGCCAGAACUCUUGAUGAUAUGCGGGUAGACGAAAAAUCUAGUAGCCUGCGAAUGAGCGACUUUGUCAUCGACAUGGAGGCUGAGGCAAGACGGGUGUCACACAGUCGACGCGGAGAGAAAGAGUACCCAUCGACAGCAUGGCAACACUUGAACAAGUUGGAGCCAAAAGGGAGUAGAACGAGGGAUGCCCUGGGGACUUCUGGCUCAACGCCUCUAAGCCCUGUUCCGCAGGAGCUCGAUGAUUCCCCUACAGUAGACAGCGGAGCUGUGCCAGUGCCGUCGACGGUAGUAGCUUCACUUGACAAGGCAGGAGAGCCUGGGGACUGGUCUGACCUCGACCCGCUUAUCCGGGAGUUGAGCAAGCCUCGCAAAUCCCGAGAAUUGCAGGAAGCCAGCGGGAGCUACAAGUCCAACGCUCUCAGUCCACUCAUGCGUGAAUUAAUGAAUGCCUCGGAGCUGUGCACGGAAGAAGUCACGGAUGUUCGUUGAGGGCUGGCUAUCGGGUGUAUGUAAUGGAAUGGUGGUAGUAGGAUAAAUGCACCUACAAAAUAAUAUGGGGGUGAUUCUGAGGCAAAGCGAGGCGCUUGUGGCUACAGUCGAUCUGGGAGACAAGAUGUGACGCCGAUUUUCGAAGUAAUCCAGAUAGUAAUACCACGGACUGGAUAGAGUGGUUUGCAUGGGGAGCUGGGCUGGGUACCCUGGGCGAGAGAGUCCUUCAGAGAGCCCCUUUGCGAAUAAUGACGUUGCGGGGGGGAGGGAGGACCUUGGGAGACACUCGAAUAUCAUCAUCUUCCUCCACUCUCUAGCAGUUACUGUCACAAGUGCUCUGUUUUGAUAUACGUUUUGAUAUACCUAGGCUGGCGAGCUGGGCACUGAAGUAGGCGCAUCACAGAAUAAUUGUCGGCCGAUUGUAAAAGUUAUUUAGGUAAAGAUAAACCUAUUAUCUACCUAAUCCAUCAUAUGUAGUCCAUGAAGACUGCGUUCAAUACAGGGGCAGCAGGCAUACGUAUGUAACUGUAGGUAUACCUACCUAUAUACACC